UGUACCCUCUGCUACAGAACAGAUUUGUUUCGCGCGGGCCUUCAAUCGAUAGGCUAUACAGAGAAACGAUUGCAGAAGAUGCUUCUCCACGGAAUAACAAUUAAACGAAUAUCAAGAGUUCUCAAUAAACUUCGGCCUUUAUCAAAACUUGGAUAGUUAAAAAUUGAGCCCACUUCCCAGUAGUUUGAAGUGUAUAUUCAUUGUCUUUUUUCCUUUCUUUCUAUUUUUUUUAAAUACUAUUACUCUAGAACGCAAUUUUUGUGUUGAAAAACUCGUGCCAGUCUGAUGAAUUCACCGAAACAAGACGAAGAUGAUGUGCCCGUUAAAGACCCGGUAAAAUACGGCGAGCUGGUGAUAUUGGGGUACAAUGGCUCUCUCCCCAGCGGAGACCGUGGGAGGAGGAAGAGCCGCUUCGCCCUGUACAGGAGAACCAAGGCCAACGGAGUCAAACCCAGCACUGUGCACAUCCUCAACUCACCCCAGGACAGCAAGGCUGUCCACAGCAGUGGGCAGCACAGCAUCUCCUUCACUUUGUCCCGGAACCAGACCGUGGUGGUGGAAUACUGCCAUGACAACGACACAGACAUGUUCCAGAUCGGCAGGUCCACAGAGAGCCCCAUAGACUUUGUGGUAACGGACACGUCAGGUGGGGGCAAGGAGGGCGAGGACCCGUCUGUGGCCCCCAGCACCAUCUCCCGCUUCGCCUGCAGGGUGGUGUGUGAGAGGAACCCGCCCUACACCGCACGCAUCUACGCUGCCGGCUUCGACUCCUCCAAGAACAUCUUCCUGGGGGAGAAGGCCACCAAGUGGAAGAACCCAGACGGCCACAUGGACGGCCUGACCACCAACGGCGUGCUGGUGAUGCACCCUGAGGGCUUCCCCGAGGACUCCAGACAGGGCCUGUGGAGGGAGAUCUCAGUGUGCGGAGACGUGUAUGCCCUCAGAGAGACUCGCUCUGGCCCCAGCCGAGGGAAGCUGGCGGAGGGAGAGAGCAGCGCGCUGCGUGAUGGUUCCCUGGUGGACCUGUGUGGAGCCACCCUCCUGUGGAGGACUGGUGAGGGCCUGCUCCGCGCUCCCACCCUCCGCCACCUGGAGGCGCUGCGCCAGGAGCUGAACGCGGCCAGACCCCAGUGCCCUGUGGGCCUCAGCACCCUGGCCUUCCCCAGCCUACCGCGCAGCCACAGCCUUGAGGAGCGGCAGCCCUGGGUCUACCUCACCUGUGGCCACGUCCACGGACGCCACGACUGGGGCCAGCGUGGGGAGGGCCGGGAGCUGAGUCAGGGGGAGGGCAGCAGCUCCACCGCCCGCCGUGAGUGCCCCCUGUGCCGGAGCGUGGGCCCUUACGUGCCCCUCUGGCUGGGCAGCGAGCCGGCCGUAUACGUGGAUGCCGGCGCCCCCACGUACGCCUUCGUCCCCUGUGGCCACGUGUGCUCCGAGAGGACUGCCCGCUACUGGGCCGAGACCCCCCUGCCCCACGGCACACACGCCUUCCGCCCCGCCUGCCCCUUCUGCUCCUCCCUCCUCAGCUCCCCCGGCUGGACACGCCUCAUCUUCCAGGGGCCUAUCGACUAGCCCCGACGCCCUCCUCCCCUCCUGAACCACACGGACGAAGGAGCACACUCUGGUCUCAGCACCCUGCUCCUUUUACUCUGCUGAACUGGAAGGCCUGGAUUCUGGCUGACGGUGAGGGAAGCCAUCUCUGUUCCUGUCCGGGUCCUUUCAGAUCUGCAUGGAUGUUAUUCACUACAGAUCCACCUCUUAAGCAAUAAGACCACUCCUGAGCAAUACAGUCCUAGAUAAGCUAGUUGUUGUGCUCCUCAGCUUCGUGUCACUCUUGACUUAGGUCAUAAACGCUUCUAUACAGUAUGCUCUCUAGCACAAGGGCUAAACCAGAGGUUCAUCUGAUUCACUGGAUGUUUGUUGACGACUGAUAUCUUGGUAGCUUACAGAUCUUGAGAUUUUAUAGAUUUGAGAUUUCAGUCUGUAGAUUCAUUGGGAAAAACAAAAAUGCAUCCUCAAUGUUCUGACAAAAUACUUGUAAACUCUAAAACGGUUUUGAACGUCUUAAGAAGAGCGUCUCAAGUGAAUCUGUCUGUUGACAAUGUCCUGGAUUGUGAACCACCUAUGAUUGGAUACUGAUUCAUGACUGACUUGAUCCAUACAACUGUACAGAGUCAAAGGGCGCGACCUCAAAAACCUCAUAAAACAGUUUUGUUCAACAACAACAAAAAAAUAAAACUAUUUUAUUAUUAAUGGGGGGGGGGGGAUUUUAUUUAGACGUUCAGUGUUAAAAUGGAACUAUUUUUAUAAACGAGUACAUUGUUUUUAGUUUUCCGUGAUGAGUGUAACCAAUUACUGUAUCUUUCAGUAUGCUAUUCUGUAUGUACGGUGAACCUAGCAAAGCUUGUGAGUGAGAAUAUUGCCAACACUGUGUCACACCCUCAACACAACCAUACUAAUUGCCCAGACAAUGAAUGUAGCCAAAUACUCAGGCUAUACAGUGAAGCCUCCUCUGAUGCUUGUAUGCUUAGAUUAAAUUGCUCUAUAUUGUCAUAGCAACUAUUUUUAUAACUGAGCAUCACAAUCCAGCUUGAAAAUCAGAUUGUGUCUAAGACAGAGAAAACAGGCUAGAUCUUGCAUGAACUUCACACAGACCUUGUACAGUGUAUUGCCAAACGUUCAAAUCUUGCCAAUUUGAGUGUUUUUCCCUAAAACAGGAUAAACCAGGUUAGGAGGAACUAGUCUUGAGUCUUGCAAAUGCUCAAGUGUACCGACAACAACAGUACCCAACAUCUAUUUCAGACACGGAUGUCACAUCCCAAAAUGAUCUCUAUGCCUAUUUAAUGUUUGUUUACCAACAGACCUGCUGUAGAGUUUGUAAUAUUUGUUGAGUAGCAUUUAGGACACAGACUAGUCUCCACCCUACGUACUAUGCCAGUGGUUUCACCAGAACAGUAGUUGUAUAGCUCAGGUUUAGCGACGUCAGACCUCCGAGGGUAGUAGCAGAAGGAACAUUUCAAGUCCUUAACUCAGCCACAUGCUGUUUGCUGCGUGUCCCAGCCUGGCUGUGCUACCAGGCUCCUAACCCGACUCUGAGGAUUCCACACAUCUGGGUUCUAGAACUACAGGGUUGUCAUGUCGCCGGGCGAUGGUGUGGAAUACCUCAAGAUGUUUCAUGCAGGGUUUAAAAACAAAACAAAAAAAGAAGUAGGCUACACAUCCGUAGUAUCGGUUCUUCCCCCAGUGUAUCCUGCUUUUAAAUAUGCUGAUGUUUGAUUGACAUGUGAGUCGAGUAAUGGUAGCAACAGCACCUCUAGUAUUGUUUGUUUUGAAUAUGAAAUGUAUUGUUUUGUUUCUUCUAUCUAUUUUUUUUUUAUAUCCAUAUUUUCUAUCCCUUGUGGAAUCUCUCCUUGGGAAUUUGCUUGUUUUCUCAGCUCUGGUCAAAAAUACCUCUCAGUUCUGUUAAGCAAAACAGUUCGCAGGUCCAGCCUUUGGGGUUCAUGGAUGACCUUUAACCUGGGGCUCCCAGGAUCUGACCUCACUGCUAACACAUUCCUUUCAAGCGACCAAACCUCAAAUGCUGAGGUGUUUUGUCUCACAGGCAAUCACACAACACACGUCAAUAAACCUGUUCUGAAA